AGAAAAGAAGGGAGGCUUUUCCAGAUCCUGUACGAGAAAGCUCAUGCUGUUUUCCCAUGCUGCCCAUACUCUCUUUAAUAAUGUGAUUGUGACCUGAGUGGAAUUUAUGAGCGAUGAACUAUUGAAGCUUAUUGCACCACUGCAUCAGACUACAUUUUUUUUUUUUUUUUCCUCAGCACAUGAUUCCCCCAUCCCAGCUGUUGCAGGACCUCUGGGCUGGUAAUAGAGGGAUGGGAAGCUGAGACAGUUUAUUUUCAUAUUCUUCUUUUCUGGGGACUUGGCUAGUUAGCUGAAGCUGCUGCUGCUUUUUACUGGAUCUGCUCUUUUCUCAGUAGGUUUAUUUGUUUUCAUGUGCACGGAGUGUUUCAGUUAAAUAGACGUUGGACUAGAGCUGAAUGGAUGCUUUGCAAUCUGAAAGGUUUUUUGGGGUAACAAAAAACUACUAAAAACAGAGAAGAAGUGGUACUGCAGGAAACCUGGGGCCCGUUUUCCAAGCCUUUUUAUUUUAUUGAGCAAGAUGAUGUGUGAGGUGAUGCCAACCAUCAGUGAGGCAGAGAUUCCCUCUGGGGGAAAUGGAGGCCAUGGUUCAGGUUCCCCGUUACAGUCAGAUGCUGAUUCCCAUUUUGAGCAAUUAAUGGUAUCCAUGUUGGAAGAAAGGGAUCGCCUUCUGGAAACACUAAGAGAAACUCAGGAGACGCUAGCAUUGACCCAGGGCAAGCUACAUGAAGUUGGUCAUGAGAGAGAUUCCUUGCAGAGACAGCUGAAUACUGCACUUCCACAGGAAUUUGCAGCGCUUACGAAAGAGCUAAAUGUAUGCAGGGAGCAGCUGCUUGAAAGGGAAGAAGAAAUCGCUGAACUGAAAGCAGAAAGAAAUAAUACGAGGCUAUUACUGGAACACUUAGAGUGUCUUGUCUCCAGGCAUGAGCGAUCUCUCAGAAUGACUGUUGUAAAGAGACAAGCUCAGUCUCCAGCAGGAGUUUCUAGUGAAGUAGAAGUUCUCAAAGCACUAAAAUCUUUAUUUGAACACCAUAAAGCCCUUGAUGAAAAGGUAAGGGAGAGGUUACGAGUAGCACUUGAAAGAUGUAGCUUAUUGGAAGAAGAACUAGGUACUACGCAUAAAGAGUUAAUGAUUCUGAAAGAGCAAAAUAAUCAGAAGAAAACACUUCCAGAUGGGAUGCUGGAUAUAAAUCAUGAACAGGAAAAUACACCAACUACAAAUGGGAAGCGAUCCUCUGAUGGUUCUUUGUGCCACGAUGAAAACCUUGCUAAAGUGAUUGAACUCCAAGACAUCAUAGAUAAGCAAAACAAAGAGCAGACGCAAAUGAAAGAACGCCUUACUGCUUUGUCUGGCAGAGUAACAGAGCUGGAAGAAGAUCUUGACACAGCUAGAAAAGACUUAAUAAAAUCUGAAGAAAUGAAUACAAAGUUACAGAGAGAUGUACGAGAGACGAUGGCCCAAAAGGAAGACAUGGAAGAGAGAAUUACAACUCUUGAGAAACGCUACCUCGCUGCACAACGUGAAGCUACAUCUGUGCAUGACCUCAAUGAUAAACUUGAAAAUGAAAUUGCCACUAAAGACUCCAUGCAUCGACAGAGUGAAGACAAAAACAGGCAAUUGCAAGAACGACUGGAACUAGCUGAGCAAAAGCUGCAGCAGACUUUGAGAAAAGCUGAAACUUUGCCGGAGGUGGAAGCUGAGCUGGCACAGAGAGUUGCAGCGCUUUCAAAGGCUGAGGAGAGACAUGGCAAUAUAGAGGAACGACUGAGACAGAUGGAAGCACAGCUAGAAGAAAAGAAUCAAGAACUGCAAAGGGCUAGACAGAGAGAGAAGAUGAAUGAAGAGCAUAAUAAACGUUUGUCAGAAACUGUUGAUAAGCUUCUGUCUGAAUCUAAUGAAAGGCUUCAGCUUCAUCUCAAGGAAAGGAUGGCUGCCUUGGAAGAUAAGAAUUCACUUCUUCGAGAAAUUGAAAAUGCAAAAAAACAAAUAGAGGAACUUCAGCAUGAAAAGGAUCAACUUGUAUUAAAUGUUGAAGCAUUAAGGGCUGAAAAUGACCAAGUGAGACUCAGAGCCACAUCACUUCAUCAUAGCCGACCAGACUUCAGAUACCCUAUGACAUCUUCGUCUGUGGCUGACAGUCAUACAGACUCCUAUGGCACCUCGUCAGUGUUAAGGCGUCCCCAGAAAGGACGUUUGGCAGCUCUCAGAGAUGAACCUUCAAAGGUUCAAACUCUGAAUGAGCAGGACUGGGAGCGAGCCCAGCAAGCAAGUGUAUUGGCAAAUGUGGCACAAGCGUUUGAAAGUGAUGUUGAUGUGUCUGAUGUUGAGGAUGAUAGGGAGACUAUAUUCAGUUCAGUUGAUCUGCUAUCACCGAGUGGUCAGGCUGAUGCUCAGACUUUGGCCAUGAUGCUUCAAGAACAGUUGGAUGCAAUCAACAAAGAGAUUAGACUUAUACAAGAAGAAAAGGAAAACACAGAGCAGCGUGCAGAGGAGAUUGAAAGCAGAGUGGGUAGUGGAAGUUUGGAUGCCCAUGGCCGAUUCCGGUCCAUGAGCUCCAUUCCUCCUCCCUAUGCAAGUGGUUCACUUGCUGGUUCUUCCCCGCCUGGCAGUGGCCGCUCCACCCCAAGGCGGAUCCCACAUAGUCCAGCUCGGGAGGUGGACAGACUAGGUAUCAUGACACUGUCUCCAGCUUCUAGAGAAGAGGUACGAGAUGAUAAAACGACAAUAAAAUGUGAGACAUCACCACCUUCUUCACCUCGAUCUUUGCGUUUGGACAGAGUCCAAAAAGGAGCUUUGCAUACAGUGAGCCAGGAAGAUAUCAGGGACAUAAGAAAUUCAACAGGCUCACAAGAUGGGCAAACAAGUAAUCCUAGUAGCAGCAAUAGUAGCCAAGAUUCCCUUCAUAAAGCUCCCAAAAAGAAGGGGAUCAAAUCCUCUAUUGGCCGCUUGUUUGGCAAGAAAGAAAAGGGACGACCUGGACAAACAAGCAAGGAAACAUUAGGACAAGUUGGCAUGGCAGAAGCAGAUAGUUCCUCUCAGGAUGCAUUAGGUCUCAGCAAGCUUGGAGGUCAGGCAGAAAAAAACAGGAAAAUGCAGAAAAAGCAUGAGUUGCUUGAGGAAGCCAGAAGACAAGGUUUACCUUUUGCACAGUGGGAUGGGCCUACUGUGGUUGUGUGGUUGGAGCUGUGGGUUGGGAUGCCAGCCUGGUAUGUGGCUGCUUGCCGAGCAAAUGUGAAAAGCGGUGCUAUCAUGUCAGCCUUGUCUGAUACAGAAAUACAGCGUGAAAUUGGAAUUAGUAAUCCUCUGCACAGACUGAAGCUGAGGCUGGCCAUUCAAGAAAUCAUGUCCCUAACAAGUCCAUCUGCCCCUCCCACCUCAAGGACGACAUUAGCAUACGGUGAUAUGAACCAUGAGUGGAUUGGCAAUGAAUGGCUCCCUAGUCUGGGGCUCCCUCAGUAUCGCAGCUAUUUCAUGGAAUGUCUUGUUGAUGCUCGAAUGCUGGAUCAUUUAACUAAAAAAGAUCUGCGUGGGCAACUUAAAAUGGUGGACAGCUUUCACAGAAACAGUUUUCAGUGUGGAAUUAUGUGCCUACGAAGACUGAACUACGAUCGAAAAGAACUUGAAAGAAAAAGAGAAGAAAGCCAGAACGAAAUUAAGGAUGUCCUUGUCUGGAGCAAUGAAAGAAUGAUGCAUUGGGUAGUGUCCAUUGGUCUUAAAGAAUACGCAAAUAACCUUAUAGAGAGCGGAGUUCACGGUGCACUUGUGGCCUUAGAUGAAUCAUUUGAUUACAAUGCAUUAGCUCUCUUAUUACAAAUACCCACUCAAAACACACAGGCUCGUGCUGUUCUGGAGAAGGAAUUUAAUAACCUUCUUGCUAUGGGCACUGACAGAAGACUUGAUGAAGAUGAUGAUAAGAGCUUUAGGAGAGCACCUUCAUGGAGAAAGAAGUUUAGACCAAAGGACAUAAGAGGUUUAGCUGCUGGAUCAGCAGAGACUCUUCCUGCAAAUUUCAGAGUUACAACCUCAAUGUCUUCACCCUCUAUGCAGCCAAAGAAGAUGCAGAUUGAUGGCAGUGUAUCAGGAACACAAAGAUUGGACUCUGCUACAGUAAGGACCUACUCCUGUUAAAGCCUUCUCCUGUUUACCCACACUAUUUCUACCGGUGAUAUGCAGCAUUUUGAACAUUUGGAACCCUUAACCUGUUAAUACUUGUGAAAUGGACACUUUGAGAUAUUUUAUUACAGAGUUUUUAAUUAGCAAAUAAAUUCAUGAGUACUAUAGAGAAAAUAUUUUAGAAUCUAAAUGUUUCUUAUAUUUAUGUGUCUUCUCAUUUAUAUAGUUACUUACUUUUUCUGUUUCUAUUCAGUCUACAAAUCAAAUCAUUGCUGAUUUUUUUAUUCUAAUUUUAGUCUUUCCAACUGAAUGUACUGUAAUGCUUGUAUGUAUAUGUCCCUAUAAGUAAUAUAGGGUUUUUGUAAAUUAUGCAGUUACUGUAAUUAUCGUUGUUUUUUAAUAAUGAAACUGAAGGUGAAAAGGAUUUUAAUACCUUUGUAAAAGUAUCAUGCCACCAAGCAGUAUAUAUUUUGUCUUUUGGAAAUGUUAGCUUAGAUCUGAAAACAAGUCCAGCUUUUUUUCAGGUAAGCAUAUGUUGUUGUAGAAGGUAUGGUACAUGAUUGUUCUUCUUUUCAGAACUGUACCUUUCCACAAAGAGGAUUUGUCAAGUAGUGGGAAUUUGUCUUUAUUUAAAAUAUAACUUGUUUUAAAUGCUGGGAGGAACUAUAACACUACGGAACACGUUUUAGAAGUGAUUGACUCGGUCAUAACACUCUCUGCUGUAUUUGUAUAGCGUAUCUUCACAGUGACUGAAAACAAGCCAUAAACCGAGAACUGUUUUUUAUUUUUUUUUUUUUCCUUAACUGAGGAAGAUAGACUUCAAAAUAAUUCCUGGGCGUAAUCCACAGGCCACAGAGAGUUUUUGUCCUAGAUCUGUUUGAUUGAAAACACUUGUGGAAAGAUGCUGGGGAAAGUAGUUUUAAUGGACCAAUCACGAAGCACUGCAGUCUCCUGUCAAAUGAGUAGCGAAAGAUGAAGGUACAAGGGGCUGAAAACUAAAGCAGUGCAACUUCUAAUAAAGGCCUUACUUUUCUUAUGUAAGUCAUCUUUUGUGUUUUGUAAACUUGUUCUAAAGAGUUGUCCAGACUUCAGUUUUGAUGGUUGUAGCCAUUUUGGACUGUGUGAGUAGAAAAUGUAUCCAACACUUGCAAAUGGCAUAUUAAAAAGCCAGCAAGAAUCUGUUCAGAUGGUGCAUUAUUUAUUAUGCAACAAUAUAUAUAGCAUGUCUUUUUUUCUUAUUUUGUUUUCCACUUUUAACUUGCUUGUAAAACUGAAAUUCAUUGUUACUGUUCUGUUUUUCUAUUAAUCUUUUGUGUAUUUUCAGAUUAUGUAACAAUAUGUACAGUCUACUUUUGAACUAUUUUUAUCACAGUAUUAUUUAUUGCUUUCUUUCAAUAAAGUACUGAUGCAUUUUCCACUGCCAAUAAAACACUAUUGAAAAGCUAAGCUCUAAUUGUAUGCAGGCAGAUACUUUUGCGGUGAGUGGAUAGUGUCAAUAAAGCAUCUUAACGAUUGUGUGCUGCCCUGUAGAUCUUGUUUCAAAUGAUGACUUUUCUCCAGUAGAAAAGUGUCCCAUUAGAUGUGAUGUUUUCUUUGGAAUUGUUCAAGUUCACAGGCGUUAAUCGGUUUUUGAAAACCAGUUUUCAUAAGAAAACUGCUUUAUUGCCUAUUUCUACUAGUUGUUAGAGCUCUGAUUUACUUCUAAAAAACGGUAACAAAAACUAUCACGCAACUUCAGUGUACUCUGGUCCACGUGAUGAAGAUUGAAGUGCUGCUUUCUACAGCAGCAAUGGUUGCUUUGUUAAUAAAAUGAGAUUAUGACUAUGAUGAUAUUUGGGGAG